AUGGACCGCGUUCACGUCUACCAUGCACGUUGUCAAAGAGCGUUGGACUUGCUCAAGGACAAUCUCGAUGAAUUGGAAACCUACAACUUGUAUAGCCGUGUUUGGUUUUCUUUCUUGCACAACUGCGUGAAAAGUCUCUAUCAACGCUGUUUGGACAUUUUCUAUGAGCUGGAAAAAGAGGAGCCAGAUUUCGAAAAAUUGAGAGUCAUGAGUUACGAACUGCUCGAAGAACAAAAAAUGAAGUUUAAUGUAAUGGGACGUAUUGCUGUGGACCAUCUGCAAAUGGAAGGCUUUACCAAGGAAAACCUCAUGAACACGUUCUUAGACUGGGAGAUGGUUGACAAUGGGACUUUUAUUAUCACUGAUAUGGAUUAUCUGUCGCCAGUGGUAUAUGACGACGACGAGGAAUCGGAGUUCUUCAAGUUGUUUACAAUCGAUGAUCUCCUCAUCUUUGAUGACACUCACUCAACCGUCCAAGUCUUCACAACAAACCCAUUUGAUGAUCCAUCUAAUGAUGAUUUCAUCGCCGAGUUCGAUGGAUUGCGAGUGGAGGACGACCAUCAUCUGAUGACCUGCCGAUCCAUUUCUCGAUCUUCUACUGAAUGCUCGGUUCAUGAAAUUGACUUCGUUUCUGUCAGUGAAGGGGAAUUCAAGGAGUUCGAGGAGCAGUGGGAGGCGUUGCAACUUCAGAGAGCUGGAUAUGAGGUUAGGCCAGCAGGGACAUUUAACGGAGAAGAACAAUCUGGAAGCACAAAUUAG